AGUUGGCUACGUUUCUAGAAGGAAGGACGGCUCUCUGCUCUGUGAUCCUGGCAUCUAGCCCACAGGACGACAGUUGAUCGAGUUUUAUAUAAAUGAAAGUAGCUGCGGAGAGCCGCCCUCUCCUGUCUGGGGCUGAGCAGAGGCCGCAACCCGUCCCUUCUUGCUGCUGCUGCUGCUGCUGUUGCUGCUGCUGCUCUGUUUGGCUCUGUUUGCCUCUUCAUUGGGCUUUGUGUGGAGUCAGCCCUUCUCGGCAGAACUGAAAUGUCAUUUUGACCAGAAGACUUCAUCCUCUUUGUGCUCUGGAGAUGGGCAAUUCCUAUGCUGGACAGCUAAAGAGCACGCGGUUUGAAGAGGUCCUCCACAACUCCAUCGAGGCUUCCUUACGCUCCAACACCCUGGUGCCCCGGCCCAUCUUCUCCCAGCUGUAUUUGGAGGCUGAGCAGCAGUUGUCAUCAUUAGAAGGUGGCAGCCGAGCGGACAACGAGGAAGAAGAAGAAGAUGGAGAAGGAGGGUUAGAACCCAGCAGUCCCCCAAAUGCCUACCAGCUGCCCCCUCCUCCUGAAGGCUGUUGUACCACGGAUGGCUUCUGUCAGGCUGGGAAGGACCUACGUCUUGUCUCCAUCUCCAGUGAGCCCAUUGAAGUCCCUGCAGGCUUCCUCCUGGUGGGUGCCAAGUCUCCCAGCCUGCCGGACCACCUCCUGGUGUGUGCAGUGGACAAGAGGUUCUUGCCCGAUGACAAUGGCCAUAAUGCCCUGCUCGGUUUCUCUGGAAAUUGUGUUGGCUGUGGGAAGAAAGGCUUCUGCUACUUCACCGAGUUCUCCAACCACAUCAACCUGAAGCUGACCACACAGCCCAAGAAGCAGAAGCACCUCAAGUACUAUCUGGUCCGAAAUGCACAAGGGACAUUGACCAAAGGACCUCUGAUUUGCUGGAAAGGCUCUGAGUUCAGAAGUCGGCAGAACUCCGCCAACACCUGCUCCAGCUCUCUCUUCCCACCGCUGGAGGGCUCGGGCUCCCUGGCUGCCUUCCCCACUGAGCCUGCUCCUGGGACAAACCCCAGUGUCCCAGUGGGAGCUCAACAGGCAGGACCAGCCUCUGAUCACCCCUCAGUGACCACAGCAACAGGUCCUGCUGUCUUCAAUGGCAAGGAUUCCCCCAAGCACCCACAGCUGGUGAAGAGUAGCCUGUCUGCCCUGCCACGCCCCUCAGCCUUAGGUAUCUUACCAAACUCUGGGCCUCCCAAAAAACGGCACAAAGGGUGGUCUCCAGAGUCUAAAUCAACCACGGAUGGAGGCUUCAUCCAGGGUGGUGGCAACAGAGCUAAGCAUGAAGGUCCCAGCAUGCCUUGUGUGCCCCAGGCUGGCUUGGUGGGACCAGCUUCAGUCACCUUCCCCGUGGUGGCCUCUGGUGAACCAGUGUCUGUUCCGGACAACUUGCUGAAAAUAUGCAAGGCCAAGCCAGUGAUAUUUAAAGGCCACGGGAACUUCCCCUACCUCUGUGGAAACCUGAAUGAUGUGGUCGUCAGCCCCCUACUCUACACCUGCUACCAGAACUCGCAGUCGCUUUCCAGAGCGUAUGAGCAACACGGUGCCUCCACCAUGCAGCCCAUAUCUGAGGAGACGCAGCUGCUGCUGACCGUCUACUACCUCGUCCAACUGGCUGCAGACCAGGUGCCACUGAUGGAGGACCUGGAGCAGAUCUUCCUGCGCUCCUGGCGUGAAUCACACCUGACAGAGAUAAGGCAGUACCAGCAGGCUCCUCCACAGCCUUUUCCUCCAGCCACCAGCACAGCAGCACCUGUGACUUCUGCACAGCUGCCCUGGCUGGCGGGCCUGGCCGCCAGCUCUUGUAAUGACAGUGUGCAUGUUAUUGAGUGUGCUUACUCCCUGGCCGAGGGCCUCUCUGAGAUGUUCCGGUUGCUCAUCGAGGGAAAACUCUCCAAGACCAACUAUGUGGUCAUCAUCUGUGCCUGCCGGAAUGCUGCCAUUGACUCUUGUAUUGCUGUUACGGGGAAAUACCAAGCCCGGAUUCUCUCUGAGAGUCUCCUCAGUCCUGCAGAGUACCAGAGAGAAGUCCACUAUGAGCUGGUCACUGGCAAAGUGGACUCGCUGGGGGCCUUUUUUAGCAGCCUCUGUCCAGAGGGUGACAUUGACAUUUUGCUGGACAAAUUUCACCAGGAAAAUCAAGGCCACGUUUCUUCCUCAUUCACUGCUUCCUCUACCAAGAAAACAGCUGUGCUGGAUGCCAGUGGGGUUCCCGUGUGCACAAGUUACCAUCAGGAGCCACGGGGCAUCCGGCCCUUUCAGCUGGCGGUGGCACAGAAGCUCCUUUCCCACGUGUGCUCAAUCGCAGAUUCCAGCACCCAGAAUCUGGACUUGGGGUCCUUCGAGAAGGUGGACUUUCUCAUUUGCAUUCCACCGUCAGAGGUGACCUACCAGCAGACCGUGUUCCGUGUCUGGCAUUCAGGGGUUCUGCUGGAGCUGGGCCUGGAGAAAGAGCCUGUGACCAAGCAGAGGGCGGAGCAACACGUUCUGAAACUAGACACGGAGGCCCAGGCAAGAUUUAAGGCCUUUCUGCAAAGCUCCUUCCAGAACCCACAUACGCUCUUUAUCCUCAUCCACGACCACGCCCACUGGGAUCUAGUGAGCAGUGCUGUUCAUAAUAUCUACUCUCAAAGUGACCCAUCUGUGGGAUUAGUGGACAGACUGCUCAACUGCCGAGAGGUGAAAGAGGCUCCCAACAUUGUGACCCUCCAUGUGACCUCUUUCCCGUAUGCGCUGCAGACUCAGCACACCCUCAUCAGCCCCUACAAUGAGAUCCACUGGCCCAUCUCUUACAGUAAUGGAGUGGACCUAUAUCAUGAGAGUAAGAAGUACUUCGGGCUGUCUGAGUUUAUUGACUCCACCCUGUCAGGACACAGUCUUCCUCUGCUCCGAUAUGACAGCUCCUUUGAGGCCAUGGUCACUGCACUGGGGAAAAGGUUCCCCCGCCUGCACAGCGCGGUGAUCAGGACCUUUGUUCUUGUGCAGCACUAUGCGGCCGCCAUGAUGGCCGUGAGUGGCCUCCCGCAGAUGAAGAACCAUACAUCAGUGGAAACACUAGAGAUCACCCAGAACCUCCUCAACUCCCCGAAGCAGUGCCCCUGUGGCCACGGGCUCAUGGUCCUGCUGCGCGUGCCCUGUUCACCCCUGGCAGCUGUGGCCUAUGAGCGACUGGCCCAUGUGAGGGCUCGGUUGGCUCUGGAGGAACACUUUGAGAUCAUCCUGGGCCACCCCAGCUCCAGCAUCAGUGUGGGCAAGCACUUUGUGAAGCAGCUCAAGAUGUGGCAGAAAAUUGAGGACGCAGAAUGGAGGCCUCAGACUUACUUGGAGUUGGAGGGCCUGCCCUGCAUCCUAAUCUUCAGUGGGAUGGACCCUCAUGGGGAGUCAUUGCCACGGUCUCUGAGGUACUGUGACCUGCGUCUAAUAAACUCCUCCUGCCUGGUGAGGACAGCCCUGGAGCAGGAACUGGGUCUGGCUGCCUACUUUGUUAGCAACGAUAUCCCCUUGGAGAAGGGGCCCAAGAAUGAGGCCCUGGAGAGUGAUGGGGAGAAGCUAAGCAGCACAGAUGAAGAUGAGGAGGCGGGGACAGAAGGAUGUUUUGAAGCAGGCUCUACCUCAGAGCAGAGGGGCCCUGUGAAGAGGGAACGCUCCCACUCUCAUGACUCUGCAUCUUCGUCCCUCUCCUCCAAAGCAUCUGGCUCAGUGCUCUAUGGUGAGUCCCUGGCUCAACCCUCAGGACCUCCUCAGGGAGAGCUUGCCAGAUCACCUCCACCCUGUGGCCCUGCAGAGGAGAGCAGGACACCUGGGGAGAUACAACGGCUCCGAGUGAGUCAGGGACCUACCGUCAUCAGUAGGCACAGUCCUGGCCUGGCCCCACAGCCUGAUUCUAGCCUCAGGACUGGCCGGAGGAGCCUGCAAGUGCCAGCCGCCCCAUCCUCCCAGCUGUCCUCUUCCUCCUCCUCUUCCUCGGGCUCAUCAUCCACAUGUGCAGUGCCCACUGCCAAUGUACUGGUCCUUCAAGCUUCUCAGUGUUCCAUGGCCAAGGCCUGCCGGCAGCCACCCAUUGUCUUCCUGCCUAAGCUUGUAUAUGAUAUGCUCCUGUCCACUGACAGCAGUGGCUUGCCCAAGUCUGCCUCCCUCCUGCCUUCUCCUUCUGUUAUGUGGACCAGCUCCUUCCGGCCCCUGCUCAGCAAGAUGAUGACAUCAACUGAACAGUCUCUCUACUACCGGCAGUGGACAGUGCCCCGGCCCAGCCACAUGGACUAUGGCAACAGAGCUGAGGGCCGUGUGGACAGCUUCCAUCCACGCAGGCUGCUACUCAGUGGGCCACCUCAGAUUGGGAAGACGGGUGCCUACCUGCAGUUCCUCAGUAUCUUGUCCAGGAUGUUGAUUCGGCUGACAGAAGUGGAUGUUUAUGAUGAAGAAGAGAUCAAUACCAGCCUCCAAGAGGAAUCGGAUUGGCAUUACCUCCAGCUCACCGACCCCUGGCCAGACCUGGAGCUCUUCCAGAAGAUGCCUUUUGAUUACAUCAUUCAUGACCCGAAGUAUGAGGAUGCCAGUCUGAUUUGUUCACACCAUCAGAGCAUCAAGAGUGAAGACAGAGGGAUGUCCAGGAAGCCGGAGGACCUGUAUGUGCGGCGUCAGACAGCACGUAUGAGACUGUCCAAGUAUGCAGCAUACAACACGUACCAUCACUGUGAGCAGUGCCAGCAGUACAUGGGCUUCCACCCUCACUACCAGCUCUCUGAGUCCACCCUGCACGUCUUUGCCUUCUCUUGCUCCAUGCUAGGAGAGGAGAUCCAGCUCCACUUCAUCAUCCCCAAGUCCAAGGAGUACCACUUUGUCUUCAGCCAACCCGGAGGCCAGCUGGAGAGCAUGCGCUUGCCCCUCGUCACUGACAAGAGUCACGAACACAUCAAAAGCCCAACCUUCACUCCGACAACGGGCCGGCAUGAGCACGGGCUCUUUAAUUUGUACCAUGCAAUGGACGGAGCCAACCAUCUACACGUGCUGGUGGUCAAGGAAUAUGAAAUGGCCAUUUAUAAGAAAUACUGGCCCAACCACAUCAUGCUUGUCCUCCCAAGCAUCUUUAACAGUGCUGGAGUUGGGGCUGCCCACUUCCUGAUCAAAGAGCUGUGCUACCACAACCUGGAGCUGGAGAGGAACCGACAGGAGGAGCUGGGGGUCAAGCCUCAGGACAUCUGGCCCUUCAUCGUCAUCUCUGAUGACUCCUGUGUGAUGUGGAAUGCGGCAGAUGUGGACUGUGCUGGAGAACGCAGCAGGGAAUUUUCCUGGUCGGAGAGGAAUGUCUCUCUGAAACAUAUCAUGCAGCAUAUUGAGGCGUCCCCUAACAUCACACACUAUGCCCUGAUCGGCAUGCGGAAGUGGGCCAGCAAGACCCGGGGCCGUGAGGUGCAGGAGCCUUUUUCCCGAUGCCAUGUGCAUGACUUCAUCAUCCUCAAUGUAGACUUGACCCAGAAUGUACAGUACAACCAGAACCGGUUUACGUGUGACGACGUAGACUUCAACCUCCGUGUACACAGUGCUGGCCUCCUGCUUUGCCGAUUCAACCGCUUCAGUGUCAUGAAGAAGCAGAUAGCGGUGGGCGGGCACAGGUCCUUCCACAUCACGUCUAAGGUAUCUGACAGCUCUGUGGCCAUUGUGCCUUCCCAGUACAUCUGUGCCCCGGACAGUAAGCAUACGUUCCUGGCAGCUCCCGCCCAGCUCCUGCUGGAGAAGUUCCUCCAGUACCACAGCCACCGCUUCUUCCCACUGUCUCUGAAGAACCAUGGCCACCCCGUGCUGUCUGUAGACUGCUACCUUAACCUGGGUCCUCAGAUUUCUGUGUGUUAUGUGAGCUCCAGGCCCCACUCCUUAAACAUCAGCUGCUCUGAGAUGGUGUUCAGCGGGCUCCUGCUGUACCUCUGCGACUCUUUUGUGGGGGCUAGCUUCUUGAAAAAAUUCCACUUCCUGAAAGGAGCCACCUUGUGUGUGAUUUGCCAAGACCGGAACUCACUCCGCCAGACCGUGGUCCGCCUGGAGCUGGAAGAUGAGUGGCAAUUCCGGCUGCGGGAUGAGUUCCAGACAGCCAAUGCCAAGGAAGACAGGCCACUCUUUUUCCUCACUGCACGGCACAUCUGAGAGAUGGACCCUGGCAGAGCUCCUGAGAGUGUGAGGUCAUCAGGACCCACCUGCCACUGAGGCUACUGAAAGCCCCAGACCAAGGGGUAUAAGAACUCCAGCAUGCCCGGAGAUGGUCAUGCACAGCCUCUUGAGACGCAUGUCACGAUGUCCUGUGGCAGAUAAUGACUUAGAGUCACAGGCAUGAGUCCUUGAUAGGCAGGACUGAAAACCAAAGACUACUGUGUUCUGGGCCGGACCACAUGCCCUGAGCUAUCUUGAAGUCCGUUAUAUGCAGAAUGAAGUUUUGCUCAGUCUGUUGACAUUCAUAUGCUUCCAUGGACAAACUUGACUUGCUCUAGAAAACCUUGGGUUAUCAUGUCACGGUGCCUGUGACUAUGAUUUCAAGAAGUAGGUUUCCUAUGACUUGCUACAGAGCAAUAUUCCAAAGGAACAUUUUACCUGUAAAGGCUGGAGAAAAGAAAACAAAAGAGUAGAUUAUUUCAAUAAGAAUUAUUUAAUCACUUACAAGUUUUCUUUGCAGGAGCUAGCCCAAAGGCAUCAAAUUUAAUCUGAUAAAAUGAGUUGCUUUACCUUAGAAACAGUGUGACUCUAUUAAAGUAGUAUGGGGUAAGAACCCCACCUCUUAUAAAGGGCAAAAUGGAAAAGAGGUUUUCUUACAAACCUAAAGGGCUUUAGGGAGGAAGUUAGGGUUGUAGCUGUGGACUGAAGAGUUGCCUUCCAAAGGAAAGAGGACUAAACUGCUUACGUGAUUAAAAAAAAAAAAAGAAAAAAAAAAAGAAAAACCAAAG